UGGUUCCCGAUGCUGUGAGAACGCGAUAAUUUACCAGCCGGCAAGCUCCGUCAACAAGUAGUUUAUUUAAUUGACAGCAAACACUUAAUCAAUCUAAAAGCAACCGAAUCACAAAUCUCCACUGUAAGAGGCUUUGGUCAAAUGACCAGGGAUACGUGAGAAAAGCCUGGAACGCGGUUGACAAUGAAUAUCGUUAAAAAUACUUAUCGAUUUCAAUGAAAUUAAUUAUCAAUAACUUGUCAUUUGUUAAUAAAUACUUCUAGGUUACUUAGAGUACAAAUGUUUGGGUUCAAGCCCUUGUGUUUCAUCUAAGUAUUGGCUCUAAACUCGGGACCUGCAUAAAUUAGCAGACUGAGUAGCAGUUCCAUUCUUUGUAGUAAAUAACCAAGCUUUUCUUAUUCAUCUCACCUCAUAUGGAUUAUCAGUUCUGCUUUCUAUCCACGACACUUGGGACUUCGUAUUUCGAGACUUUCGUCACUAAAAUCACUGUCCAGGGUAACCUCCGCACAUCAAUAAUAUUGGAUUCGAGGUCUGCGUAUUACCUAUUCAGCUGUAACGCCAACUUGAAACAAUCAUCAAACUUUGUUUUUAUACCUGUUAAAAUGAAGCUCAAAAAGUGGAACUUGGUGAAACAUUGAGAAAGAUUUGGUGCAAUCGAUUCUUCCAAUCAUCUGUGUUUAUUAAUAAUGUCAUCUCAUUUUAUGACUUCUGGCGCCAUUAUACUGAAAGUUUGAUGUUACAGAUAAAAUAAUUUCAUGUAAAAAUGCAUAUCACAAGAUUUUUUAAAUAACCAGUUCAAACAUGGACAGUCACUUUUUCUUCUUCUAUUCGUUUUAGGUUAUAGUCUUUUAGUCGAUAUGAAAUCAAUUCACAGCACAGUUUCGUCUUUCAGCCUUCCGGAUAACUUCGGCCUAUCCAUUUAAGGAUUCAUCUUCCUGUUCAACGCAAAAUCUCUGUAUUGAUUAUAUCAAGGCACUUAAAUAGAAUUUAAUCAGCAGAUCAAUCACGAUGCUACAUAGUUUUAUGCGGUUUGGAUGCAAUAAAUAUUCUCGUUUUCUCUAUACGUCUCGUCGUUUUAAUACGCCUAAAAUUCAGUCAGACAAUUCCUCUCAGUUACUGAAGUCAUAUUUUGAACUCGGACGAUUCGCUAGACCAACAGGCACGUGGCUACUUUACCUUCCUUGCACGUGGAGCAUUGCUCUAGCUGCACCACCAGGUCACUUACCAGACCUUUAUAUGCUAACCCUAUUUGGCGUAGGAUCCAUUUUAAUGAGAAGUGCAGGUUGUACAAUAAAUGAUAUGUGGGAUAAAAAAUACGAUAUGCUAGUCAAGCGCACCAAAGAUCGUCCAUUAGCUUCAGGUGCACUAACCUUUCCUCAGGCAUUAUCAUUCCUUGGUGUACAACUGACGACUUCGCUUUUGAUAUUAUUACAGUUAAAUUGGUACAGUGUAUUUCUUGGUUUCCUGUCAAUGGUUCCUGUUGUCACGUAUCCUCUGUUCAAACGUGUUACUCACUGGCCGCAGCUUGUACUUGGUUUAACAUUGAACUGGGGUGUUUGGCUUGGGUAUUCUGCUAUAAAUGGUUUUUGUCCUUUCUCCGUGUGUACUCCUUUGUAUUUAGCUGCAGUGUUUUGGACCUGCACGUACGAUACUAUAUAUUCUCAUCAAGAUAUUGAUGAUGAUAUCCGCAUAGGCGUAAAAUCAACUGCCAUUUUGUUUGGAGAAAAAACAAAGUUAUAUUUGGGCGCUUUUCAUUUGGGAAUGACAGCGUGUCUCCUCACAGUUGGAAUUAACGUAAAUGCUGGUUGUGUAUAUUACAUUGGGACCUUACUUACCAUGUGUCAUAUUGCUCAUUUGAUACGGAAGACGGACCUAAAGAAUCCCACUUCUUGUUGGCAAACCUUUAAAGAGAGUAAAACAACUGGUAUAUUGUAUUUCCUCACCAUUGUGUUGGACAAAAUAUCACUAUGAGUUUAUUUCUCUUCCUAAUAAUAAGACCAACUUACAAUAAACAUUUUGUAAAUA